AUGAGACAACCUAUUGACGUUGCGUCAUUAGAGAAGUAUCUCUCUCAACAUGUGACGAUUGAAACACCCAUCUCAGUUACUCAGUUUGGAUUUGGUCAAUCCAAUCCGACCUAUUUAAUAAAAGACAAAGCAGGGAAGAAGCUCGUCAUGCGAAAAAAGCCACCAGGCCAGUUGAUGUCUCGAAGUGCCCACAAAAUUGAGCGCGAAUACCGCGUCCUCCUCGCUUUGCAAGGAACGAAUAUUCCAGUACCUCAAGUUUACGGUUUGUGUGAGGAUCCAACUGUUAUUGGCACGCCAUUCUAUCUCAUGGAAUUCUUGGACGGUCGGAUAUUCGAAGAUCCCAGUUUUCCGGAGGUAUCACCGCAAGAGAGGAACAAAAUGUGGUGCGAGGCGAUCACAACGUUGGCAAAGCUCCAUACGGUCGACAUUGAUGCAGUGGGCUUAGGUAGCUACGGGCGCCGAUCAGGCUUCUACAAUCGCCAGAUCAAGACUUGGAAAGAGAUUGAAACUGCCCAAAGCGCUGUGGUAGACGUGGAUACUAAGAUCCCGGUUGGGAGAGUGCCAGGAGCAGGGGAAACGAUCGAAUUCUUCUCGGGGAGUCAAGGCCCACAAGACCGGGCUUGUCUCAUUCAUGGAGACUACAAAAUUGAUAAUCUGGUCUAUCACAAGACAGAGCCAAGGGUCAUUGGUAUUCUAGAUUGGGAAAUGAGUACAAUUGGCCAUUCCCUAUCCGAUAUUGCCAAUGUUAUACAGCCGUGGACUAUUCUCUCGAUGUCAUCCUUUGCUGCCCAGCAGCUUUUACUUCCAUUCCAACCAACAGCUGGAAUUAUGGGCUUGCCAUCGAUAUUGGAUUGCCUUGAGUGGUAUGCUAGUGUAGCCGGAUGGGAUCCACAGUCCGAGAUGAUCUGGGCGGAUGCAUUCUCGUUAUUCCGAAUGAGUGCCGUUCGGCAGGGUAUAAGUGCCCGUCAUGCGACUCGACAGGCUAGUGUAAGUACGGCUGUUGAGAUUGGGCGUGGCAUGUCUGUCUGUGCCGCGUUGACUUUGAGACUGGUAAGCAAGAUGAGGGACAUGCAGACUAACGGCCGUGCGCGACUGUGA